GGGUAUAAACAGCUUCCCGGGACUCCGGGACGUCACUGCCUCAACGCGCAGCGACUCGUUCACCAGGGCUGAACCCCAGCAGAGAUAGCAGCGAGCAGGCACUCACACGCCGCGCAGGCUAACUCGCUUUCGGCUUUGGUUCGAGAUGGUGACCCGUUGCACCGUGACGCGCUGCGGCGCCCGCAACUUUAAAGGUGGACUUUCUUUGUGGCUGAUACUGUGGCUGGUGGUGGUGAAGUCGGGCGGGGUAUCAGCAUGUCCCAAGCUGUGUGUGUGUUACCCUUCGCCCAUGACGGUCAGCUGCCAGUCCCAGAACAUCACCAUAGUGCCGGCUGGUGUGCCGUAUGACUCACAGCGGGUUUUCCUGCAGAACAACCGCAUCACGGAACUGCGUGCGGACUCUUUUGGCUUUGAGACACAGGUGCUUUGGCUUUAUGGCAACAACAUCACAUGGAUCGAGGCCGGCGCCUUCAGUAACCUCAGGGUGCUGGAGGAGCUGGAUUUGGGAGAUAAUCCGUUACAGCGCUUGGAAGGGGGAGCCUUCAGGGGCUUGGAGAAGCUGCAGAGCUUGCACAUGCAUCGCUGCAAGCUGGCAGCUCUUCCCCGUGACCUCUUCCUCAAAUUGUACAGCUUGCAAUUCCUCUACCUGCAGGACAAUCAGCUCCACUUUCUGCAGGAUGACCUUUUCUCAGAUCUCGUCAAUCUCAACCACCUCUUCCUGCAUGGAAACCGCAUCCGAGCCCUUUCUGAGAAUGUGUUCAGAGGCCUGGUCAACCUGGACCGCCUCCUUCUCCACGACAACCGAGUCAGGCAGGUCAACCGCCGGGCUUUUCGCGACCUGGGUCGCCUGACCAUCCUUUACCUGUACAACAACUCACUGGCUGAGCUGCCAGGCCAGGCCAUGAAAGACACCCAAGGCAUCCAGUUCCUCCGCCUCAAUGACAACCCCUGGUCCUGCGGCUGUGAGGCUCAAACCCUCUGGGAGUGGUUCCGCAAGGCGCGCAUCUCCUCCUCCGAGCUCAUGUGCACCUCACCAUCCCACCGUCGUGGCCAGGACCUCCGAUUCCUCAGGGAGAUGGACUUCGCCCUCUGCCCUCUGCCUGACCCCGGCUCCCUGGCAGGAACCACCACGAAAACCUUCAGCACCAAGACCCGCUGGUGGUUCUCCAAGCACAAGCCCGCAUCUUCAUCCAAGGCCUCGUACAGGAAGACCACUGAGGCAUUGGGUAAGCCUCAGUACCUCCCCAAAAACCCCUCCGAAACCUUCUCCUCCAAGUACGAGCUGUCGGAGGAUGAGGUGGCACUCCCCAAGCUGGACCAAGAAGAAUACUGGGCCAACUACGGAAACGAAGAUGCCUCCGUUCCCUGCUUUGAUCUGGAGUGCCCGCCAGGUUAUAACAACCGAGCCUUCCCCUCAUCCUCCUCCAUUCCCAGCACCCCGUCCCUCCUCCACCUCCUCUCCCUCUGCAUCGUCAGAUUCUCCCUCCAUUUCCUUUUUGGCUGAACUCUUCUCUCCUCCACUACAUUUUUUUCCCCUCUGAUUUCUCCCUGGGCUCUUUCCCGACUCUUAACAAAAAACGUAAUUCCUUUCAGUUACCUCCUCGAACUCGCAGGAGGAGCUACACUGAUGCAGGUGACAGACAGGCGAGCCAGCAGGGAGCUGUUGAGCUGAUGUAGAGCAGGGCAGAAAUUCAAUGUUGAAGUAGCUGCUGCUGACGAGUACAGGCUUCAAAAAGUAGGGCUCAGACCAUCGCAACUGACUCCGAUAGAGGCGGCGAAAAGGCCGAAACCUACCACAACACGAGGAAAGGAUAGAACACUAUAUUCACAGAAACAGUUGGUGAUGUCUCCAUAUGUUUUUUAAUAUCAGCUGUAAACGACGCAGGCGUUGGGGAUCAUUGAUCAUCAGCUAUUUUCUAUAUCAAGAGCACACUAUCCACUCACUGCUUACAUUGUCUCUUACUGAUCAUUUUCAUCGUGAAAGUGACGGUCAAUGAGAAAGUGACAUGUGAUGAAAUAAAAAGUAGAAAAUACAGGCACAAUUGAAAAGUAAAUCAAUACGAAUAUAGGCCUAAGAUAUGCUUUCAAAGGCAGAGAAUGUGGAGAGGAUCAAUAGAACUGCAGUCGAGAGCAGCUCUCCUUUCUCCUUCAGAUUCAAAACACAAAGGUGCAAUCAAACCACCACCACCCACUCUUGUACAUACCACGCACCAUCACUGUACAUAUCCCAUCCUAAACUACUCUGCAUUUAAGACUAGCUGGAUUUUGUACUCUUCAUUUCAGUACCAUUCAAUGAAGGACAGCUUGUGGUGAUAGAAGAGAUACCUGGGUUGUAAAUGGAAGGCAAACUGUUGAAAAGUGGAAACUCCAUUUUCGCCCGCUGUGUUUUCUGGUCUCUUUGAUUGGGUCUUCUCUUAAACCAUUGUGUGACACAAGGCAAAUCCUUUACAGCCCUUUGUGUUAUAUGAAGCCUCAGGUAUCUCUCUUUUGGCUCCUGUUGGAUUAUAGGUGAUAUACUUUAAAUGGUUAAAAAACUGUACUUUUUCAGAAAUGUAUGAGGACAAAUCCAUUUAUUUUAUUAUUUAAAUCCAUCAUAUUCAUCCAAUUUUUGUAUUGUAUGGUAUCACAGACCACUAUUAGACCACAUGGACGAUCAAGCUGUCAUACAUCAAAUCAUCUUUUUCAUAUUAAAGCUCUACUUUAUAAGAUAACCUUUCUGACUCCACUGUGUGUUUGAGUUCAUGGGCAAUCUGUUCAUCAGGAUGCCAGUCCGACCUGACUGUGAUCUGCAUUUUUCAUCUCGCUCAUGACGUUCCUUUUCAAUCCUAAAUGAUAGAAAGUUAAAACGUUCAAGCGACACUGUAAAUGAGUUUCUACACAAAAAGGAUGCUGUGACACUGGUCAAUCAUGUAUUUUUCAAAAAUCUGUUGGAAAAAUGUUUUGUUUGAAUUGAAAUAAAGAAGAAAACAAAAGAGAA